AUGACCUCACCAUUGAAGCAGCAGAGGAAUGCCAGUAGCAACAACCCCAUGGGCCCGGUUCUCAUCUCUUGGCAGUCGCCCAUUCCUUUACCACUCACUAGCCUAUUGUCGAGUCCCACUGUGAUGUCACCUCUGUCACUCGCUGCCGGUGACUUAGACACGUCACCUGUAGUAGUGCCUGCACCAGCCAUGGUCCAACCCAACACUACCAUCCCUGCAGGCGCCCAAGCAGCUAUUGAGAAUUCGAGUGAUAGGGUUGAAUGUGCCGUCAAUGCAGGAUAUAGCCCUGCCAGCCAGUGGAACACUCUCUUGGCCGAAAUCAAAGCUAAUGCAGCUCCAAGUCUUACUGGUAGUAAUGGCCUGGGUAGCAUCUCAAACUCAGACAUGAAGUGUCCUACCCCACCUCUGAGUCUACCAUCUACCACUGACACUGGAUUGCCACUCCCUACUGACCUAAUCAGCAAGAUGAAUGAUGCUCUUGCAUUACUAUUUGAGAACAUAGAUAAAAUGGACAAUAAUACUGCAGCUACCACUGAUCCUGAAUUUCCUUUAGAUCUUAUGAGUUAUCCCCAAUUUGAUUCAUUUAGCACUUGGUUAAAUGAUCAUUCUCCCAUAGAUAAUCAAGCCUUACUGUCAUAUCCGCAUAUCUGGAUCUCAGAUCCAACCCUUAUCUCAUCUCAGAUCCACAUCUUAUCUCCGAUGCUAUUCACAUCUUAUCCCCCUCCAACAUCUCAUCAUUCAAUCUGUCCACUCGUCUGGUCCAGUCCACAACUCAUCCAAAUCCACAACCAGCAGCUCAUCUCUUUUUGGUAA